AUGGGCCAAAUGGUGAAGAAGACCCAGAGCCAACGUUCCCGUUUAUUCUCCCUAACUCUCUACGCCAUCAUCCUCACCACAGGCUUCACGCUCACGCUCACCGCCUUCAGCACAGAUUCUCUAUUCGAACACGGACAUCAUCAUUGUCACCGACUUCCCCUCCAUGCUCAACAUAUCCUCAACAAAUGUUCGACACUGAACGCGAAACCAGCUCCACCACCUGAUUUCUAUGAACGCGGACAAUCGGACAGGUUCGUGCGCGGAACGAAACCUACGUUGAUACGGAAUGCAACGUUGUGGACAGGAGCUGUCGAUGGUCUUGAGACUAUCAGAGGGGAUCUGUUGAUGGAGGGAGGGAUCAUAAAGGCGGUGGGGAAUGUGGAUGCGGGAUUGUUGAAGCAGCACGAGGCGUAUGAGUCUAUUGAUGCGAAGGGUGCUUGGAUUACGCCUGGAAUCAUUGAUAUUCACUCCCAUCUCGGAGUCUUCUCGUCGCCUUCCUUGAGUGGUUCGGGUGACGGUAACUCUUUCAAAGGGACCAUUCAACCCUGGCUCCGUGCUCUCGAUGGGUUGAACACACACGACGAGGGUAUGAAGCUCGCUAUUGCCGGAGGCGUCACCACGUCGCUCAUUCUCCCUGGAUCUGCCAACGCUAUCGGUGGGCAGGGCUUCGUUAUCAAGUUAAGGCCUACGGAGGAAAGAUCUACGAGCGCUAUGUUGCUGGAGCCUCCGUUCGAGUAUAAUGGGACCGGAGUAUACCCUUCUGAGUAUCCCAGGUGGAGGCACAUGAAGCAUGCUUGCGCCCGGAUAUACGACGACACACGAAUGGACUCUGUCUGGGCCUGGCGUCAAGCGUACGAUACCGCACGCAAAUUCAAGAAAGAGCAAGACGACUUCUGCGCCGCUGCUCAAGCUGGGCGCUGGGAUGCCCUCGAAGGUAAAUCGUUCCCAGAGAAUCUGCAAUGGGAGGCUAUGGUGGAUAUCUUGAGGGGAAAGGUCAAGGUCCAAACACACUGUUACGAGGCUGUGGAUUUCGAUAACUUCGUUCGGUUGACGAACGAGUUUCAAUUCUCCGUCGCUGCAUUCCAUCAUGCACACGAAGCUUACCUCGUCCCAGAGAUCCUCAAGAGAGCCUACGGACCCACGCCUGCGGUCGCCAUCUUCUCCGUCUUUUCGAGGUACAAACGCGAAUCGUCACGCGCUUCCGUAUUCGCUGCGAAAGUCCUGAACGAGGCCGGGAUCCGUGUUACAAUGAAGAGUGAUCAUCCGGCCAUUCAAUCGAGGUAUCUACUCCAUGAGGCGCAACAAGCGCAUCAUUAUGGGCUGCCAAGUUGGGCUGCGUUGGCUGCUGUGACGAGCACGGGUGCGGGGAUUAUUGGGAUGGAUCAUAGAAUUGGGUAUCUCAAGGAGGGAUACGACGCCGACCUCGUAAUCUGGGACUCACACCCCCUCUCCCUCGGCGCCACCCCAACGCAAACCUACAUCGACGGAAUCGCACAACUCCCGUCCCCGCACACCAUCACCUCGCCCAAAUCAUCCGACCUCCUCCAUGCGCCUAAGGUACCGAACUACGAUAAGGAGGCGGAGAAGGCGGUCAGGUAUGAGGGGUUGCCGCCGUUGAUGGAUGUCGCGAGUUUGGAGGGGACGGUCGUGUUUAGGAAUGUUUCGAGGGUUUAUAAGAGGGUUCCGGUUGAGGACGUUGAAGUGGGUGGGGUAGGUGAGGGUGUUGGUGUGAGAGAGGUUACGGAGGAGUAUGUGGUUGGACGAGCUCUGAAUUCGGUAGUGAACGGCGACGUCCUCGUCCGCGCUGGUCGUCUCAUACCCUCCUCCCUCGUCUCUUCCGCCGAUAUCGCGUCGACUCUAGCUCAGGGAGGGGUGAGAGUCAUGAACGUGGGAGGAGGAUCGUUAUCGCCAGCGUUGGUGGGCGCAGGGACAAGCAUCGGUUUACAGGAGAUCGCAAUGGAAGACAGUACGGUGGAUGGGGAUGUCUGGGAUAUCUUUAUCGAUGGUGGGAAAGGGGAGGGAUUGUUAGGGAACGAGACGGUGAUCAGGGCAGUGGAUGGGUUGCAGUUCGCUACCAGGGAUGCUUUGCUCUCGUACCGGAACGGCGUGACGACGGCGCUCACGUCGCCCACCUCCAGUGGCUUCCUCUCCGGCCUCGGCGUCGCUUUCUCGCUUGGAACGCCACAUAAGCUGGCGAAAGGAGCGGUAGUGCAGGAUGUGACGGCGUUACAUGUCGCGAUUGAUCAUCAGAGUGUGAGGCCGAGCGUUAGUACGGAGAUUAGUGCUUUGAGGAGAUUGUUGGUGGGUGGGGAGGGCUGGUGGGGGAGGGUCGUGAAGGGCGAAAUCCCACUCGUUGUCCAUGCACAAAACGCGGAUAUUAUCGCUACGCUCCUCAGGCUCAAACACGACGUCGAAGCCAGCGGUGCAGGAACGAAGAUCAAGAUGACGAUCCUAGGAGGGACGGAGGCCCACCUCCUCGCGAAGGAGAUCAAAGAGGCGGGCGUGGGCGUCAUCGUCGCUCCGGUGCGGAGCUAUCCGUAUAGCUGGGAGGAUAAGAGGAUUAUGCCCGGCCGCCCCCUGAGCGCUAAAGGUCUCGUUCCUUAUUUAUUGGAGCAUGGGAUAGAGGUAGGUAUCGCACCGCAGGGAAUCGACGAUUUCACGCCGGCCAUGGCCGCUUGGGCUGUCCAAAACCUGAGGUUCGACGCAGGAUGGCUCGUCUCCGACGGCCUCCCCACCGCCCUCGCCCUCUCCCUCGCCUCCUCUAACGUCGACAACCUCAUGGGCGUCCACGCGAACCCGGAAGAGACUGACCUGGUGGUCACGAGGGAUGGGGGGUUGUUGGAGUUUGAGGGGAAGGUUGUGGCGGUGAUAAGUCCGGGGAGGGGGGUUGUUGAUGUUUUUUAG